UGCUCAGCGGUUAAUUUCAUUUACUAUUCAAGUGUCGCUCACUGCUGUUAUUUCUCUAUUCUCGCUCACAGCACAGCAAAUCAUAAUUGGAUCGUGUGUUGGCAUUUACAGGCUACAGCUGGAUACAUAUAAAAGAAAAAUAUGGAAAAAUGGAGAGGAAAAAUUGCAGUUGUAACUGGUGCUUCUGCAGGCAUUGGAAUUUCUAUUGUUAAAAGUUUAGUGAGUUACGGUGUUAAUGUUGUUGGACUUGCUCGUCGCGUUGAAAAAGUUGAGGAAUUAGCAAAUGAAUUGAAAGAUGCCGCUGGUAAAGUUUAUGCUUAUAAGUGUGAUGUAGCGGAUCAAGAAUCUGUUAAAGCUGCAUUUCAAUGGGUUGAGGAGAAGUUUGGCGGUGUGGAUAUACUUGUUAAUAACGCUGGUGUUUAUAAAUUCAUCCGCAUCCUCGACGAAGGCGACGCAUUAAAUAACGAUUUAAAACAAAUCGUUGAUGUGAAUUUGAUGGGCGUUAUUUAUUGUACACGUGCAGCAUUUGCGACUAUGAAGAAGCGCGACUACGGCUACAUUGUGAACAUCAACUCAAUUGGCGGGCAUUUCAUUCCAUUCCCAACUGAAAAUGUUCCAAGCUACAAUAUUUAUUCAGCAUCAAAAUAUGGCGUGACAGCAACAAAUGAAGUGUUGAGACAAGAAUUAGCAACGUCUGAAUUUGGGGAGAAAAUUCGCAUCACAAGCAUUUCGCCCGGUGAAGUAAAAACAGACAUGGUUGAAGUUGCUGGCUUUCCAGGAACAGUCGAUGAAUAUUUCUCAUGCAUACCGUAUUUACUGCCUGAGGACAUAGCAGAAAGUGUCGUUUAUGUUCUAUCGACUCCGUCUCGUGCCAAUGUUACUGAAUUAAUGAUAAGACCAACAGCUGAAAAAGUUUGAGGAUGAAGCCCCGAACAAUCUGUGACGAUUUGAUUGAAUUACAUCCAAAAUUAUUCAGAAUUUUAUUAUUCAUUUAUUCAUGCAAAUUUCACAGAUAGCAACAAGUCUCAUGCCUCGAAUAGAAUCAAGUCAAUGAAGUGCAAAAAAAUUUGAUAAUUGUGC